AUGUCUCACACCCACUCCCACGACGGUGUCGGCGGCGGCGGCGGCGGCGGCCACUCUCACGACGGCUUCUCGGCCGCCGAGCACGGGCACUCACACGAGAUCCUCGACGGGCCGGGCAGCUUCCUCGGCCGCGAGAUGCCCAUUGCCGAGGGCCGCAACUGGAACGAGCGGGCUUUUACGAUUGGGAUAGGCGGCCCCGUCGGCUCCGGCAAGACGGCCCUCAUGCUAGCCCUCUGCCUAGCCCUGCGGUCCCGGUACAGCAUCGCGGCUGUGACCAACGACAUCUUCACGCGCGAGGACGCCGAAUUCCUAACACGGCACCGGGCUUUGCCAGCCCCCCGCAUCCGCGCCAUCGAGACGGGCGGGUGUCCGCACGCCGCCGUGCGCGAGGACAUCAGCGCCAACCUGGCCGCGCUCGAGGACCUGCACGCCGAGUUCGCCUCGGACAUCCUACUAAUCGAGUCGGGCGGCGACAACCUGGCCGCCAACUACAGCCGCGAGCUUGCGGAUUUUAUCGUGUAUGUCAUCGAUGUGAGCGGCGGCGACAAGAUCCCGCGCAAGGGCGGCCCGGGCAUCACGCAGAGCGAUUUGUUGGUCGUUAAUAAGACAGAUUUGGCGGAGGCUGUGGGGGCUGAUCUGGGCGUCAUGGAGCGCGAUGCGCGGAAGAUGCGGGAGGGCGGCCCGACGGUGUUCGCGCAGGUCAAGAAGGGGGUUGGUGUUGAUCACAUUGUGAAUUUGAUCACGAGUGCGUGGAAGGCGAGUGGUGCCGAGGAUGUCUGCAGGGCGAGGGGAGGACCCAAACCGACGGAGGGCCUGGAGACAUUGGGGUAG